UAUUCCAACUGGCACCGUCUUCGCAUGUCCAGCAGACUUACCCCUCUCUAUAGCAAAUGGAAAAGUUCAAAGCUGUUGAGAAAGCCAUGAAGACCAAGGCUUACUCAAAGGAAGGACUAUCUGCCGCCGCCAAGCUGGAUCCUAAGGAGCAGGCCAAACUGGACGCGGGCGAGUUCCUCGGCAGCAUGGUCGAUGAGCUGGAGCAACAGAUCGAGACUCUUGAGGCCGAGAGCGAAUCAAUACAGGCAACCAUGAAGAAGGGGAAAGGCCACGCGGCGAAGGCGGAGCGCAUCGCCGAAAUCGAGCGCAUCAUCGAACGGCACAAGUGGCACCAGGGGAAACUCGAGUUGAUCCGGCGCUCGCUUGAAAACGGGGGAGUUGACGCCGAGCAGGUUCAGGAUCUUGGGGAGAAUAUCAAGUACUACGUGUCGGACGGCAUGAACGAGGACUUCAUGGAGGACGAAACCAUGUACGACGACCUGAACCUGCAAGACGAGGAGGACCAGUACGGGAUGAACCUGGACAACGACAAGGUAUCCUCACAAGAUACCCAGUCGAUACAAGAAGACGCAAACCAGGAGGCCGAGACGAAGCCCAGCGGCCCGUCAGGAAAACAACGGAGCGCGGUUGAUGCAGUGGCAGCGUCGGCUGUGCGGCGGCCAUCGACGCAGCUCAAGUCGCCCCUCCCUACCCUUGCGACCGUGCACAGUACUCCGCUACCGACCCUCAAUACUGGCUCUUCGGCCACUGCGGGCAUGAAGCCGGCCACGGCGCCGACGAGGCCCGCAGGUGAGGGCUUGAAGUAUGCCAGCGCUGCAGCGGCAGCUGCCAACAACGUCGGCAUUGCCCCGUUACCACCACCGCCCCCAGCACCAUCCAGUGUCAGCGGGGCCUCAAUACCGGCACAAGUAAGGACAAGUGCGGCAAACUCUCCCAGCGUCCCGUCCAUACAGCCGGCCUCACAGGAGAAGGCGUCCAACGCGAACGUGGCGCCGUCAAGCGGGGCGACAGCGGCAAACCAGUCGCACAAGACGCCGGCGAAAGGAAAGGCGGUGGCGCAGGCAAGCCCCGCCGAUACUGCCGACGGGGCAAAAGGGGCGCAAGCAAACGGCGCGGCCAAUGGCAUUCGACCAAUCGAGGAGACCGAAGAGGAAGAAGAGUCGAUCUACCACCUCCCUGCCUCAUUGCAAGAUCUUGUCGAGUCAUUCGAAGUCACGAAGAAGCGACCUGCGCCGAUCAACGCGCCCGCAACCCAGAGGAUGCAGGCUGCCUCCGAGGCGAACAAGCCUGGUAUUUUGGACUCCGAGCCACCACGAAACUAUCAGCCGGAUGUGAAGUUUCAUUCUCACACGCGCUAUCCGCAAGAACCGCUGUCUAUCUUUGACGAUCCUCGGCUGUAUAGCAGGAUCGACCCGGACACGCUCUUCUACGUAUUCUACUACAAGCAGGGCACUUACCAGCAGUACCUCGCCGCUCGGGCGUUGAAAGAUCAGAGCUGGAGGUUCCACAAGCAGUACCAAACGUGGUUCCAGAGACACGAGGAGCCCAAAUCGAUAACAGAGGAGUUUGAGCAGGGGACAUAUCGCUUCUUCGACUAUGAGAGCACAUGGUACGACCAGAUCUUUGGGGAAAAAAUGUUCCGCACAUGUGAUCAUUCGAUGGCUAACCUUGAAGCAGGAUGAAUCGGAGGAAAGCUGACUUUAAGUUCGCGUAUAAAUUCCUCGAGGAUG